CAAAAUUUUAAUUUUUCAUCAAUCAGCAAAGCUACAACAGCCAUAAUUCCCCCAAACUGAUUAUUCAAUAAUGCACACAUACAUCAAAAUAUGCUGACACAGAACCCCAUUUUCCUCUCAGGUCUAAAGUCAGUCUAUUUUCAUAGCAAAGGAAAAUCAUUUGUUGAUUUGUACUCAAACAAGCAAGCACGAUGAGCAAAUCGGUGUGCCAAAAAAUAAUAUUUAAUUUCGAAAGUGAAUUUCCUUCAAAGUUCUUGACAUCUCAGUGGCAACGAGACGAAAAAAGUUCAUUUUAUGUGAUUUAUCGAGUGGUAAUAGCCAUUUUCUACAACUUUUCAUUCUUGGAAUCAAUAAUUUACUCAAUCCAAUAUGACAAUGUACUUCUAUCGCUCAUUUACCUAACGCGAAUGAACCUUUUUGUCACGACAAUCACGUGCAAUAUUGGCGCAUAUUAUGUCAUUCAGUUCUACAGAGGAAAAUUAAAAUCACUUGAUCGCAUGACUUCUGGAUUGAAGUUUUAUUGGUUUUUGUACAUUGGCAUUUUACCGUUCGCCUGUGUAGUCAGUGGAAUCUAUUGGACAUUGCUUUUUCACAAAUCUGAUGAUGUUUUAAAUUUAAAUAAUGUUCUUGUGCAUGUGACAAACUCAUUGGUGCUAUUUAUUGACUUAUUUUUCAUACAACAUGAAUAUCGAAUUGCACACAUGAUUUAUCCCAUGAUUACUGGCAUACUUUAUUUGGCAUUCACAGUCAUUUAUCCACUACUUGGUGGACUUGAUAGAUAUGGAAAUAACUAUGUAUAUAUAAUAUUAAAUUGGAAAGAAGAUCCUACAAGUGCAUUUAUUAUUGGAGCAUCAGCUGUUGUGUUUUUAGGAAUAUGUCAUAUAAGUUUUUGUGCCAUUGCUCAUGUUAAAGCAUUAAUUUAUGAAUCGUGCUCGUUAAAAUGCAAGUCAUACAUGUGCAAAGGAAGUGCUUGAAGAUCUUCACUGAAAGUUUUGUGGUUCAGACUUUAAAAUAUAAGCAAUAGUUUUAAUUCUAUCACUAUCAAUUAACUAGUAAUUUCCAGUUUUGUUCAUCCUCUCUGCCCUCAUUUCUCUUAAAUUAUGGAUGUCAGCCACCGGCUUCUAAGUUAGAAUAGUGCAUACAAAGCCCUAAUAUUAGAUUUAAAUAAUUAGAAUAAGAAUUUAUUUUGUACUACAAUAUAAAAUAAAGUAUGCAGCAUGGCUAUAAAAUUUUGUCUACUCAUUUUUUUCUUAUUU